UGCCCAAGAAUGACCAGGGCUCGAAUCAUGAAAACGAUGACCAGUCGUAAGUCACUGUGGGUGCUGCUGUUUAUAGUGAUCUUCUGGGUCUCUUUUACAAUUUUCAGGAACCCCCUGAAGAUAUGGGCUGUAUUCAAGUCACCUGUGUCCUUCAGUCGCUGGAACUUGGUCUUGAAAUCCGCAUGCCCUACAGUGCCUCUGAACCCACCAGUUUCACCAAAAGAGACAGAGCUGAGAGUCAGGGAGGUCUUGGAGAAACUAGACCAACAGAUUCCUCCCAGACCCUUUGCCCACCUCAACAACACCACCAGCGCCACACAUAGCACAGCCACCAUCCUCAACCAUCAAGACACGUACUGCAUGGGAGACACACUGGAUGUGCUGUUGGAGGCUAGGGACCAUCUGGGACGCAGGAAGGAGUAUGGUGGGGACUUCCUGAGGGCCAGGAUAUCCUCCCCAGCCCUGAAGGCAGGUGCUUCUGGAAAGGUGACAGACUUCAACAAUGGCACCUACCUCAUUAGCUUCACUCUGUCCUGGGAGGGCCAGGUCUCCCUCUCUGUUCUUCUCAUGCACCCCAGUGAAGGGGUGUCAGCUCUCUGGAGAGCAAGGAAACAGGGAUACGAUAGAGUCAUCUUCACAGGCCAGUUUGCCAGUGGUGCCUCUCAGGUCCACACUGACUGUGCCCUGGUUCUAAACUCAAGUGUCGAACUGUGCCAAUAUCUGGAUGCCCAGGACCAAGAAGCUUUCUACUGUGUGAAGCCUCCAGAUGUUCCCUGCGCUGCCCUCACCCACAUGAACUCAAAGAACAAGGAUGUUUCCUACCUUAGCCAGCAAGAAAGGAGCCUCUUUGUAAGGUCAAAUAUAGGUGUGGAGAUUAUGGGAAAAUCCAAUGUGAUUAGUGUCUCCAAAUGCAACAAAGAAGCAGUUCCAGAGAAAGAGAAAUGCAAACUUGGAAUGGUAUCUACUACCCCUAGUGGGCAUGUCUGGAAAAACACAUGGAAUCCAGCCUCCUGUAGUUUGGCACCCAUCAAAAUGAAAGACUGCCUAAGAGGAAAAUUCAUCCACUUAAUGGGUGAUUCCACAAUCCGCCAGUGGAUGGAAUACUUCAAAAGCAAAAUCAACACACUGAGGUCCGUGGAUCUGCAUGAAAUUGGAAAACUGCAACACCAACUUGCUGUGGACUUGGAUGGGAAAAUCAACAUCCAGUGGCAAAAACAUGGUUACCCCCUUGUUGGAUCAUUGGUCUACUCUGUUAAAGAGAUAGAGAACAUUGCACGCAUAAUUGACAGAACUGGAGGAGAGAAAAACACAGUCAUUGUCAUUUCUCUGGGCCAGCACUUCAGACCUUUUCCCAUUGAUGUUUUUAUCCGAAGGGCCCUCAAUGUUCACAGAGCUCUUCAGCGUCUUCUCCUGAGAAGCCCAGACACUAUGGUUAUUCUCAAAACAGAAAAUACCAGGGAGUUGAGCAGCGAUGUGGAAAGAUUUAGUGAUUUCCAUGGUUACACCCAGUAUCUUGCCUUAAAGGAUAUUUUCCAGGGUCUCAAUGUGGGUGUCAUCGAUGCCUGGGAUAUGACUAUUGCAUAUGGCACAAACAAUGUCCAUCCACCAGAGCAUGUAGUCGGAAGUCAAAUUAAUAUAUUCUUAAACUAUAUUUGCUAGCAAACACAAAACUAUGAAAGUCACUAAUUGAACUUAAAAGAUACAGUGAAUCAAUCCUGCUGCCAUGCCCAGUGCCAGAUGUCCCAAGUAGUCCAGGAAGAUAAUCUGUACUAUGGUCCACCCAGGUCAGCCUAAGAAGGCAUUUCUACCCUGGCCUUCUGCAUAAAGUUGAAGCUGAAAAGAAUCAAUGAAAGAUCUGACCUUUUUAUUAAAGCCAUGUUGUUCUUCAUCAAUUGGAAGUUGGGAUCCUUGUGGGUGAGACCUCCCUGUUGAGUUCAGAGCAAUGAAGUAAUUUUGAUAAACUUCUUAAAGGAUCUUUGACUCAAUUUUUAAAUAUUUUGUUGAUAACUUUUAUAACUGUACUUUCUUGUCUGUACUUUUCUUUCUUGGUCAUGUCUCAGAGUUUGAUAUCAGGCCAAUACAGACUUCAAAGAAUGACUUCAGUAGUGUUCCUUCUGUUUGUAACCUGUGAAAGGUCUUAAGAAGUGUUGGUUACAUUUUCUUCAAAAGUUCCAUGGUAUUCAGCAGUAAAUCUGUCCAGG